AUGGUAGCGUUACAGGUUCCCAUUGAACGCCCCUGGGCCUGCCGGUGUGGCCCAGAACAACCCCGCUCCGGGUCACUGCAGCGGCGGCCGCUCCAGCCGGGCUGCUCAGCUGCGCUGGGCACCCAGGGGCCGUUAACAGCGCAGCGCCCGCGGGCAGCGCGCACCGGCGGGCCGGGCACCGGCGGGCUCGGGGAUCGGCGGACUGGGGACCGGCCGGCUCGGGGACCGGCGGGCUCGGGGACCGGGAAUAAUGGAUCCAGCAAACCAAAAGGAAGAAGUUUCAUUGGCCAGAAGGUUCUAAAUGUCAAUAAUUCUGAAGAGUUUUACAAGGUGGAUGAAUUUGUAGCAGACGUCCUCACAGGAAAGCUGACUACAGUUUUUCUUCCCAUUGUUUAUAUCUUUGUCUUUAUAGUUGGUUUGCCAAGCAAUGCCAUGGCCCUCUGGGUCUUUUUCUUCCGAACAAAGAAGAAACAUCCGGCUGUGAUUUAUAUGGUUAACUUGGCAUUGGCAGACCUUCUUUUUAUUGUCUGGUUCCCACUGAAGAUUUCAUACCAUCUAAACGGCAAUAACUGGCUAUUUGGUGAAGGUCUCUGCAAAGUAUUUGUUGGAUUUUUCUAUGGAAAUAUGUACUGUUCCAUCCUCUUUAUGACAUGUCUCAGUGUACAACGGUAUUGGGUUGUAGUGAACCCCAUAGUGAAUUCAAAAAAGAAAUCAGAAAUUGCUAUAGGCAUCUCCAUUGCUAUCUGGGUACUGAUUUUGUUGGGCACCAUUCCAUUGUAUCUUGUUAAUCAGACGGCAUAUAUUUCAAAUCUUAAAAUCACAACCUGCCAUGAUGUGCUGCCUGAAAAUGUUUUGGCUCAUGAUAUGUUCAGUUAUUUCCUCUCACUUGCAACUGGACUUUUCUUAAUCCCAGCUAUCAUCACUGCUAUUGCAUACAUUCUAAUGAUUAAGACCCUAAGUGCUUCCAUCAUUGAUGUAAGCACUGGGAAGAAACGAAAAAGAGCAAUUAGACUCAUUAUUGUUGUCCUGUCCAUGUAUCUCAUCUGUUUUACACCUAGCAAUGUGCUGAUUAUUGUGCACUAUUCACUCCUCAAAGCCUACAGCCAGAGCCAUGUGUAUGUGUGGUACAUAACUUCGCUGUGUCUUUCCACUUUGAAUAGUUGUAUUGAUCCCUUCAUCUAUUACUAUGUUUCAAAAGACUUCAGAAACAACCUUAAAUAUGCUCUUCUUUGCCGAAGUGUGCGAACUACGCAGAGGAUGCAAGUGUCUCUCUCAUCAGGCAGGUACCCCAAGAAAUCAAAUUCUUAUUCUUCAAACUCAAGUAGGACCACUAAAUCAACCUACUGAGUUUAAUCUUAGAAAAGUGAACUUUGGUUAUUACUGAUGAAAGGAUGUGAGUGACAGUAGUCUUACUUUGUUCAAGAGAGCCUGAAGAAACACCUCUGCGUUUUAAUUACAUUGAAGCCUGGAAUUUGGAACUGACAAUUGCUUAUUCUGUGUAGAAAUCAUAAGCAGAUAAAUCUUCCUGGGAAACUGGGGGAGGAAAAAAGACAUUUCAGAUGCUGUGCAAAAAUGCUGCUGACCUAGAAGUGAGUUGUGGCUGUAGAUGUACUUGUUGAAUAUAAAAGUUGCUAAAAAGUAACAUGUCUCUGGAAUAUUAUGCAGUAUUGUUAGUAUUUUUAAUUACCAGAAAAAUCUGUUUUAACUGUAAUGUGUUAGGCAUCUGAAGAGUGUAUGUAUAGGACCUUGCUCUGUGUACCUGCUUACACUGAACAUCAUUUGAAGCCCUAGAGAGAAGUAGAGGAGAAACCAUUUCACCAUCUUGGAUUAGACUGCUUAUUAUCUUUGGUAUAAUAUAAUUUAUGUAUUGUUUUCCAAGUUACUGUGUUGUCAAUACUAACAUAGCAAAAGCUUGUGAUGUUAUCCUGUUUGAGUUGACAAGCUGAUUUGUUGUCAGCUAGCACUGGGAUAAAAUGUUAGUUGAGAUUAUCCACUGUUACUUAACGUUUGCCAGUACAUGAUCUUAUAUGGGGAUAUAAAACAAAGUUUUGAUGGAUAGCUAUUGGAUUUUAUAAAAUGUGCCUUGUAUUUUUUAAGACAUCUAAAUAAGAUUUUUUUUUAAUAACACAUUUGAGUUGAGUGCUUUCUUUUAUUCUUUUACUUGCACUUCAAAAGUAGUUCAACUUGCCUGGCUUCACAUAACAAAGAUGAUACUCCUAACAGUUAAUUAUAAGCGUGACAACUGUAGCUGUAACAUCUAAAUGGGUAGAGUAAAAUUUACCUAAUGACACGUUUGUUUAGAGAGCAAUGAAAAUAGGAUGUUUUGUGAUAGUAUUUCAGAGGACUAAGCUACAGUAACAUGUAUAUUAACAUACGUCUCAUUAAGGAGCGGAGAGUUUACAGCUCUGGAUGACAUGGAGCACAAGUGCUUCUCGGACAUAAACAGCUUUCCCUUCCUGGUUCCUGACAAAUGCAGGGAAAAAAUUGCUUAUUUAUUACUGAACUGAAGGUGUUAGCACUGUUAGUGGAAAAUAACUGUACAUAAGUGGCCACAGGUCACUGGAAGAAUUGGAAUGAAGAGAUUUAGGCUGUCUGAAUUCUUACUGUAGUCUGUUUCUAUCUUGCUAAACAGCCCAGUAUGCUUCCUGCUCUAUAAGUGAGUAAUAUGAAGAAAGGGCAUCCAGUUCAUGUACUUACAGACCUACCUGUGCUCUGUCAGGAGUACAAAGGUUAUAGGUUGUAUGUUGUAAAGAUGAUAAAUUAUCAAUGUGUGUCUGUAGAAUACCUUGAAGAAACUGCUCAUGAUUCACAGAUGACUGUUAAAUGCUAUAUAUAGCCUGUCUUUUGGGGGACAAGAUUUAUUUCUUGUCACUAUUUAAUCAGAACUACACUAAGCCCUGUUUGUAUAUCUAUACUCUUUUAAUUAUUUCAUUCCUGUCAAAUAAUCAGACAGCUCUAUUGCAGCUCAUGUGAAAAAACAUGUUGGUCCUCCUGACAAUUUCUCCCUUCUAGCCUUCAUCCACAGGUUGGCAAAAGGAUCUUUCUUACCUGUAGCAGCAGUGGAGAUCUGCCAAUGAUAUGAGUAAGAAUUCAGUGGUACUGUAGUAUGUUGAAAGCUUCUUAAAAAAAAGUUCUAAUAAAUAGAAUGAUUUCUUUUAAAAUGAGGCGCUACAAUGUCGAUGUAUGACAGAUUUUGCAGAAUACUGUUCAAAGAGCUCACAGUCAUUUAAGUGAUGUUU